AUGGCGGUUUUUCCACCAACGGGCUCGUCGAGCUUGGAGUUGACUAUAUCUGUACCUGGCUUCUCUUCAUACCCGUCUCUUCCUAAUUCAUCUGUGAGAGGUUUGGACAUAAACCAAGUGCCAUCAAUACAAGCAGAUCAAGAAGAAUGGAUCACCGCAGGCGUGGAAGACGAAGAAGACAGCAGUAAUGGAUCAGGCCCUCCGCGGAAGAAGCUUCGUCUCACAAAGGAACAGUCUCGUCUUCUCGAAGAGAGCUUCCGACAACACCACACCUUAAACCCUAAGCAGAAAGAGGCGUUGGCGAUGCAGUUGAAGCUGAGGCCACGGCAAGUUGAGGUGUGGUUUCAAAAUCGUAGGGCCAGGAGCAAGCUGAAGCAAACAGAGAUGGAAUGCGAGUAUCUGAAGAGAUGGUUCGGAUCACUGACUGAACAGAACAGGAGGCUACAAAGGGAGGUAGAGGAGCUGAGGGCCAUGAAGGUGGGCCCACCCACCGUGCUUUCUCCCCACAGUUGUGAGCCUCUUCCGGCAUCUACACUCACCAUGUGCCCUCGCUGCGAGCGAGUCACCACCACCACCACGACGCUCGACAGGGACAGGGACAGGGACAGGGACAGAGGCGGCCCCACCAAGACCAACAUUUCUUCCGCCCCAGCUACCACCUUGUCCUCUAAAGUGGCAACGCCCGCCCUCUAA